AUGGGUUCAUUGGUUGCCCUUUCGGAUCGGCCUCACCGGUCUGGGGAUGAUGAACAGCCUGCUGAUGUUACGACAGGUGCUGAGCAACCGGGCGGGGACGAGACAAAUGUCGUGGAACCGAACCCAGACGGCGGGUACGGGUGGGUGGUCAUCUUCGUCUGCUUCGUCCAUACCUUCUGGCAGAACGCCUGGACCGGGUCAUGGGGCAUCCUUCAAGUCGCUUUGCUGGAGACAACCUUGCGUGACUCCACAUCAAGCACCGUUUCCUUCAUCGGAUCUCUCGGUAUCGCUUUGUCCUGUGCUCUGGGCAUCUUCACCAUCCAUCUCGCCCGCACGAUUGGUGCCCGCUGGACCAGCUUGAUCGGCAUCCUGCUGUACAGCAUCAGCAACAUCGUCAGCGCCUGGGCCGUAUCCAACGUCGGUGGUUUAUUCAUCGCGUGCGGCUUUACGUACGGACUUGGCGCGUGCCUGAUGUACACCAUGUCCAACAGCCUGCCCAUACAAUGGUUCAGCACCAAGCUCGGGACGGCCAACGGCAUCGUCAAGCUAGGCGGAGGCAUCGGGGCCACUGUCAUGGCCAUCGUCACUGGAGUGCUUACCGAGAGAGUUGGCAUCGCGUGGACGUUCAGGAUAUUCGGUCUCCUGUCGCUGGCCACGGGCGUCCCGCCAGCUUUCUUCAUCCGGGAGAGGAUUCCCGCCCAGGGGAGUUUUGACAUCGACUGGUCUCUUUUCAAGGACGUUGCCUUUUCCUGCCUCUUCACCUCCGGCGUAGUCGGGGUGUUCUCCAUCUACGCACCACCAUUCUUCUUACCCGCCGUGACCACCUCCCUCGGCUUCUCCGGCUCCGUCUCUGCGGGCGUCGUGGCCUGCUUCAAUGCGUGCAUGGCGAUCGGGCGUCUCACGUCGGGGUUUGCAUGCGAUAAGUUUGGGAGUAUGAACACAUUGCUGCUGACCAUGGCUCUCAACGGCAUCACCAUGUUCGCGAUAUGGUCCUUCGCGUCUACAUUGGCUGUUCUGAUAAUCUUCUCCGUCCUCAACGGGCUCGCUAACGGCGCCUUCUUCGUGGCCCUGCCCACGGCGGUGGGGAGGCUUGCGGGGGAACGCCGCGGAGCAGGAGCGGUGAGCAUUGCUAUUACCGGAUGGACCCCCGGCUUGUUGGUCGGCAAUCCCAUCGCCGGAGUCCUAAUAGACGCGACGGGCGCGGGUAGCUCUAGUUCUAUCGUGGCCUACAGGCCCGCUAUAUUCUACGUAGGAGGGACGGCACUGCUUUCCCUUGCCUUCGUUGUGGCUGCACGCCUGUCAGUUGAUAGACGUCUCGCCAUAAAACUGUAG